AUGGAUGUGGAUUCAGAAACCCCCAACUCGGGGUCUCCAUUGUCAGAUAUUGACUCUGACGACUUCCCUGAAGAUGUCAAAUUCAACCCUCGAUCGCGCUCCCAUUCAAGAGUGUCUACGAUCUCCGUCUCAGAAGAUGAUCUAGGAUCUCCCAUAAGCACGACAGCGCGAGCACUCGACAUGCCGCCGGCCAAACGUCGCAAGACGGGCGCAUCAAGCUAUGACCAUGCCACUCCCCAGUCAGGUUCUACUGCUCCGGCUCCUCGAUCGCGGUCUCGCUCUCCUACAGGCUCGAUAUCAAGCGACAGCUCAGGCUCAGUCCCUACCUCGCCAUCCUUUGCCCAUCUCGGUCCAACCCACCCUCUGUCAACCGCGUAUGCCGCAGCUCAAGCCAACCCCGAAAACCCAGAAUUGGCAGACUAUGUACAGGUGACCAGAUGCCUUUGGGAUGGCUGCACAGAUCCGGAGCAAGGAAACAUGGAUAAUCUCGUCGCGCAUAUCAAUGAUGUCCACAUCGUUCCGCGUCAGAAGAAAUACUACUGCGAAUGGGAAGGGUGUCCUCGCAAGGGUCAGCCUCACACCAGUGCCUACGCGUUGAAAGCACAUAUGAGAAGCCACACGAAAGAGAAGCCAUUCAUGUGCUCGUUGCCGGAAUGUGACCGCAGCUUUACCCGGUCGGAUGCUCUGGCCAAACAUAUGCGGACCGUUCACGAAACCGAAGCACUCCGUCCAAGUGAUCCGGUACCUAGAGGGCAUACUGGAGGCAUUUCCAAUGGAGGGUCGACUUCCAAUCCAUUCAAGAGACUCAAGUUGACAAUGGGCGGCAAGACCAACGGCGAUAAAAAGGCCACCCUUGUUGGAGACCUUCCCGCGUUGCCAACUAGAUACUCUGUGGCCAUGAUGGGGAUCAAUCCUGAUGACGUUGAAAUGGCGGAUGCUGAUGGUUCAGAGGAGCUUGCCGAUGCAGUCGACGUCGACAGUGUCCCCCUCACGCUCCCUCUUCCUCCCGAUUACUGGCCGGCCGAGAUUUUGGAAGACAUGGACGAGUAUGAGCGCAGUCUGCCUCCUUCACAAUAUUUCCGACUGCUGCGCCGCCAAAUCCAAUGGGCCGAAGAGGAAGGUCGUGAUCUCCAACGAGAGCUGGAGGGUCUACGGUCUACAGUGGAAGAUGCUCAGGGUAAUCUGGUCAAGAGAGGAUCGGGAGACGAGAAUGGGGCAGAUGAAAACCGCAAGCUCGAGUGGCAACGGGUCGAGGACUUGUUGGAUGAGGUUUUACGAGCGGAAUGCUCCAAAGUCAUGGAGAUGAUGGGAGGGGCUCCACCGGAUAUUGCUGACCAGAACCCGUGGCAACUGGUGCAGUCGAUGGUCAAGGAUCGGCCGUUGGCAGAGUGA